AUGGCUGGGCACAACACUCUGUCAUUCCUCGCUAGCGCCGCGCCGUUUGCUAGCUUUGCUGACGCCGACAGGGCAGCCAAACCACAGCAUGACAGCAGCGGCAAGGACGCCAGCGCCGGUGCCGCCACCGCCGUGAUUGCUAUGGUUACAGGAGGGAACAGAGGAAUUGGGCUAGAAAUAUGCAAACAACUGGCUUCCAAUGGAGUCACUGUAGUAUUGACGGCAAGGGAUGAGAAGAGGGGCGCCAAAGCAGUCAGCGCGCUUGGGCUAUCCAACGUCGUAUUUCAUGAGCUGGAGGUCAAUAAUGAAGGAAUUACUGGAACGACGUGGAGCGUCGGCGACCCAGAAAUUUUUCGUCAAAAGCUCGCGGGCAUGGAUCUCAUGGAGAGGAUCGAAACAAUCAAUAAGCACAUCACGGAACCUUAUGAGGAAGCAGAGAAGUGCUUGAGGACCAACUACAAUGGGAUCAAAGCUGUCGCAAAAGCAUUGCUUCCUCUUCUGCAGUCCUCAUCCCAUCGAAGGAUUGUUAACAUGUCAUCUGACUAUGGACUACUCAGGUUUUUCAGUAGAGAUGAACUUAAAGAGGAGCUCAACAAUAUCGACAGCUUGUCUGAACAAAGAGUGGACGAGUUGUCAGAAUUGUUCCUCAAGGACUUCAAGGAUGGCCAACUGGAGGCUCGAGGUUGGCCUAAGGAAGGAGGGUUCAUUGCGUACAAAGCGUCCAAGGCUCUCGCGAAUGCCUAUUCCCGGAUCCUUGCGAAGGAGCACCCGUCGCUGUGCAUCAACUGCGUGCAUCCUGGCUACGUCGAGACGGACAUGAACUUCCAGGUUGGGCAUCUGACGGUCGAGGAGGGCGCACGGGGAGCUCUCAUGAUGGCGAUGGCACCCAAGGGAGGCGUCACUGGCGCGUUCUUGGACCUCACCGAGGUCGCGCCAUUCGUGUAA